ACGGCAGCAGUUCAAACCUCGCAAGGAAUAAAUUCUAGAAAAUUCCUUCACGGUUUUGACUCAUCCCACAGAAGCUUUCCAACUCCAAUUAAAAAUUUCCGUUUCUUCCUCUCCUUUUAUCUGAUCCAAACACUAAGAGAUGAUGAGCCAGCCUUCGCCCGAUCGUAACAAGGUCCCCGAAACCAAACAGUCAACAACAUCCUCGGAGUCAAGCCAACCGGCAGCCCACUCUUCUGAUUACGCUCCGUACCCGAAACUUGACCCGAAGGACGUCACGCCUCCACCGGAGAGUUGGACCAACGUUUCCAUGGGUUCCCAAUCGCAGCCCAAUCCAGGCCCAGCGCCGAUCUCUAGCAGCGCUGCCACCAGCAUGCCAGCUGAGUCGAAUCCUUACGUUUCUCCCUCUCCGGUUCAAUCAUCAGCCGUCAAGAAUAAGAUGGAUUCAGUGAAAGAUGUGUUAGGGAAAUGGGGAAAGAAGGCAGCGGAGGAUUCUAAGAAGGCGAAAGAGAUAGCUGGGAACAUGUGGCAACACUUGAAAACGGGGCCGAGUUUUGCUGAUGCUGCUGUAGGAAGAAUUGCACAGAGUACUAAAGUUCUUGCAGAAGGUGGUUAUGAGAAGAUCUUUCGACAAACGUUUGAGAAUGUUCCUGAGGAGCAGCUUCUGAAGACGUAUGCAUGCUACCUGUCCACUUCAGCUGGUCCUGUCAUGGGAGUUCUAUAUCUGUCAACCGCAAAGCUUGCUUUUUGUAGUGACAAUCCUCUGUCUUACCAAGUUGGUGAUCAGACUCAAUGGAGCUAUUAUAAGGUGGUACUUCCAUUACAUCAGCUCAGGGCAGUGAAUCCAUCAGUUAGCAAAGCCAACACAGCUGAGAAAUACAUCCAAAUUAUAUCAGUUGACAACCAUGAGUUCUGGUUCAUGGGCUUUGUACACUAUGACAGUGCUGUUAAAAAUCUUCAAGGAGCACUGCAGCCCUGUAGCUCAUGAUGUGAUCCGGUCAAACUCUACAAAAUGACCCAAAACGUGCUUUGCACCACAAAAUUGAUGUAGAUAAAAUAUCUUGAGCCAGAUUUGUGAUAGUUGAGGUAGCAUAUAUUGCAUUUGUUUGGAGUCACUGUGUUAUUCCUUUGUUUCUUAAAUUGAUCAAUUCUUGGUGGAUAUUUGUGAGUUGUCAGUAAGUUAUCAGCUUGUUAAAUGGUUUUACCUUAUACAUGUGAUCGUUUAUGCUAGUACUUUUUCAAGUGGAAACGAUUGUUACUAAAGGUUAUUGUGAGAUAAUGUAACUAUUUCUUUUCUAACA